AUGCGUCAGCUUCAGGAAAAUGGAAAAGAUGUACCCCUGCUUAAAAUCUGGUGUGCAGUGCAUUGUAGUGCCCUGGCUUGGAACUCAGUUUGCUCUUCAGUUGCUGAGGUCAACUACUUGAUUAGGGAUGCUGCAGCACUUGCGACAUAUUUCCAUUCCUCUGGUGGCCGGACACGGGAACUUCAUAAAGUGGCAACUGAAAACAAAUUCAAGGUUCUCAGGCUUCCUCAGUACUUCGAAGUACGUUGGUCUCAGUACACAAGCCAACUUCUGCGUUCGAUUCUUACAAACAUGAGGGCUAUAUUAAUGUAUCUGAAGACAAGUCCAGAUGCAGAUGGUUAUUUAAAGAACUUGUUGAAAAAAGACAGAUUGCAUCUGAGCUGUUUUCUGAUGGGUGUUGUCAUGUUAUACUCAAGAUUCCAAAUGAAGCUUCAAAGCGACAGCGUUUUAGUUUUUGAUCUUGCUAAAGAAAGAGACAAGUUUCUUGCAAGGUUAGCCACAGCUAAGGAGAAGCCUGUUAUAGGUGGCUGGGAGGAGUUGUUUCUUUCUACAAUUAAAGUAAUUUUACACGAAAGUGACGAAUCCGAAAACGAAGGUGAAGAAUCUGUGGGAAUUUCACGGGAUAAAACUAGAAACACGAACCAGAAGGCGAAGGCAGCAUCAUUUGUAUGUUACUGA